ACAAUGUUAUGAACUUAUCCCUGAAAUUCUCCAAAAUGAAGAGCAACAGGAAAUGACAUUCUGCUUGUAAAUAAUGUGGCAAAGUUUUAAAGAAAAACGUCAAAUUUGCCAUGAAUGUGCAUAUGAUAGAGUUACUCCAUUUUCUUUUGAUAAGUUUAAGUAACGUGAUUAGUUUGGCAAGUGAUUUAACCGGAAGAGUGGUGGACGAUUUAAACCAGAUCUAUCCAUCGGACGUCGUGUUAGAAUACCCGUAUAAAGUUGACGGCGGAAAUCGUGUAAAGAGGGACUGCUCACAUGUCGCCUACGGUCACUUAGAUAGUCAAACAUAUCCCGCACAUGGGACAGUGGGUAAAGAUGGGAAAGGAGUUUCCGAUAAACUGACGUUACCAAUUGUUGAUUCUCAGCAAUUAACUGUUACGGUUUUUGGAAGAAAUGUGAAAGUACAUAUAGCAUACGCAAAUAACCCCAUGAAGACUUUCUCAGUGUACGAGCCGCUACACGAGGGCACGUGCAAACUCAGAGAUAAAACAAUGAAUUUAGCUAAAGUACAAGUAACAGCAGAAAGCAAACGAUGCCUCGUAGCAACAAAUGCAGGAUUGUUUAACACACAUAACGGAGCUUGCUAUGGUAAUAUAGUGAGUGAUGGUAGAUUGGUACAAGAUACUGAGGGGGUACAGAAUGCUCAUUUUGGUAUAACAAAGUCGGGAGAAAUUUUCACUGGAUAUCUGUCCGAGAUCGACCUAGUUAAAGAUGAUUUCUUACAACUAGUGGGUGGGGUAAUCUGGGUUCUUAAAGACGGCCACGAUCAUGUAGACGAAAGUAUAAACAGUGAGUGUAGGGAUACAGAAGAGACGGGCACAUUGCAGACGUUUGCCUCCGUGAUUUCUGCGAGAACUCUGGUCGGUCACGACAAACAGGGCCGAGUGAUGAUAAUGCAGGUCGAAGGGAAGACAGGAGUCGCUGGGGCAAGUUUGUAUGAUGCUGCAGGUCUGAUGAAGGAUCUUGGUGCUGUGAACGCCAUAAAUCUGGACGGUGGUGGGUCAUCAACCCUCGUCAUGAACAAUACUCUAGUCAACCAUCCCUCUGAUAAAUGCGGGAAAUACAAUUGUGCCAGGAAAAUAUCUACAAUAUUAUGCGUGCACGAGCCGCAUUGUUUAUCCAAAGAUUGCAGUGGACAUGGUGUGUGUGAGUUAGGAGAAUGCCGUUGCCAUGGUUAUUGGAAAGGAAUUAACUGUGAUAAAUUAGAAUGUCCAGGGGACUGCAGCAAUCAUGGUGUUUGUGCUGAGGCAGUUGGGUGUAUUUGUUUACCUGGUUACCAUGGUAAAAACUGUUCCUCCUCGUGUAAAGAUGGUUGGUAUGGUAACCAAUGUGAGCAGCAGUGUCAGUGUGAGAAUAACGCAACCUGUGAUUCAAUCACCGGAGAAUGUUCCUGUGAGCCGGGAUAUUCGGGACGUCUCUGCCAAUAUCGUUGUAAGCUGGGAUUUUAUGGCAGUAAAUGCAGUAAUGAGUGCACAUGUGAGGAAAGCUGCGUCUGCAAUCCUGUCACAGGGGCGUGUAACUACACAUAUACUCAGGAAGAUUAUCUUCAAUCUGGUACAUGUUUUGUAAAGAAUCUAGAGCAGAAAAGGGAGGUGGAGUUAGCAAUGGUCCAACAAAAACAAAGUGCAAUAGUAUCUGUGAUAAUCACAACUGUAAUAGCAGUUAUCAGCAUAGUGUUAAACAUUGCCCUAAUUUGUAAAGUUCGCUCAAAGUGCCGAGAUAAAAACAAGAAGAAGAAAUAUAAACGUGCCAAAUCCACCAAUGGUAACGUGUUUUUAUUCCAAGGACAGCAGUAUUCCAGUUUAACAUCGUCUACGCCCAGUGACGAAUGUGAUGAAACUGCUCUCAUCGAAAAGCCAAAAGAUUUUGUGUCAUGACGUCACUCAGGGUGU